GUUUUUUUUUUCUUUCUUUUCUUUUUAAAUCUUUGUGGAGGAAUGAAAAAUCAAAGGCAGUAUUAUAUUAUAUUCUAUGAGUACAUGCAUUGUGUAUCGAUUUAAAAUGAAACUACGGCUAGGUGGAACGUAUUUAGAGAAGAAACUAGACAAUAUCACUGAAAAUGUUCAAUAUGCUGCCAAUCUGAAUAAUCAUAUCUUUUCAAAGUGUGGUAUUUAUUAUCGGAUUACAAUGCCACACGCUUCGUGUUAAUACGUCGUCGCGAUUAUUUAUAAUGCAACGUCUUCGCUGGAUCGAUCAAUGAAUGGAAUUCGUCUCGGGAAAAGGGAAUAUUAUAAUUAGUAAAAACGAACCACACCAGGACAAUUAUUGUAUUAUAAUCCUGUAAUGCUGAUAUUAGAGCAAUGAAGAAGUUGAAUAAAAAGGUGGAAAAUUCAUCCAACGAGCAAAAUAAAAAUAUGUCGGAUGGACAGGUCACGAAUGGCGAUACUUCACCAACUCGCAUUUGUAGAGAUUUUCUAAGGAAUGUUUGCCAUCGGGGGAAACGUUGCAAAUAUCUUCACGAACGUUCGGACGAUGAUCCGGUCGAGGGUUACACAUUUUGUCACGAUUUUCAAAAUGGCAUGUGCAAUUGGCCGGGUUGUAAAUUUUUACAUUGUACAGAGAACGAAGAAAAACGUUUUCGUGCAACGGGAGAGUUACCAACUCAUGUUUUAAAUAGGUUGAAAAGUAAUGGUGAAAAGUCAGAGUAUCCUCUGUGCAAAGAUUUUAUUAAAGGUACUUGCCAGAGAAUUCAGUGUAAAUACAGACACGUAAAGAAGGAUGAGCCACAACAUAAUUUGACGCAAGCGGCACUUAAUAAUGCAUCAAGACCUCCCCAUAAUUUCAACAGUCCUAGCAAUAACGAAAGUCGUAGAUAUGAGGAGGAUAGAAAUUUUCAUUGGACGAUGGAAGAGCAACACAAUUUAGUUGCAAGUAAUGGCUACAAUACAUCCCAGCAUCCAACAGAUUACAUAGGGCCACCGGAGCCAAAACGACGAAUAGUUUCCGGAGAGACGGUCGUCCACUUCGAAACUUCGCAAAUUGUUGGUCAACAUACAGCACAGCCGGUGACACCAGGCUAUUAUUAUCCAGUAAUACCUCGUAAUGAAGCUAGGGCUAUUGUUUUAGAGGAUGAAAAUGCAUUAUUACGAAAGAAUAUAGAAGAAUUAAAAAAACAGGUCAGCGAUUUAACCGCAACCAAUGAGUUUUUGCUAGAUCAAAAUGCUCAAUUGAGAAUGUCGGGGAAACGAACUGCAAAUGUGACUGCUGUAACAGUCCCAGCAGUUACAAUUACAAACACUGUUCCACCGUCUCAAGCUCCCACUCCACAACAAAUGGUCAAUGCUGCAGUAGCAGCUGGUACGUUACGUACGGUUACAGCGAGUGUAGCUACUGUUCCAGUAAGCAUAGCUACGGUCGCACCCGUAUCUAUUGCCGCGGUAUCCAUGGCUCCCGUUUCGAUCCCACCACCUAUUGUGACCAUGGCACAACAGACUAUCACGAUGAGUGGUUCAGGUCCACAAGCGACAAAUCAACAACCACCUAAUACGCAACAACCUGCCAGUUUACCUCUUUCAAUAUCAGGUGCAACCGCACCUUUGGUUUCCUAUCCUAUCAUGACUCAAGAACUUAGGCCUGUUUUGCAGUAAUGCAUCGACGAAAGAAAGCUUUCGAUUUAUUAGGUGAGUCAAGGAAUAGGUAGUUGCUUUCUGUAUUUGUGAUUUUGGGGCUCAAACUUUGGAUGAACUUGUUUACAUAAUAGCUUGUAAAGCAAUGAUGAACAUGCAGAAAGUAACAAACACAAAUGUACCUAGCCGAAAUGCGUCUAUGUACAUCUAAAAGAUGUAUUUAAAGAAUACCAAAAAAAAAAUAUUGACAGAACUACUGUUCUUUAUAUCGAACAAUUUAUAUAAUUUAUUAUGCAGGGUAAACGUAAAAACGCGACUCUUAUAGCAGUACAAUUUCUAUGCACUCUUUUAAGAUGUUCAUACAUCUUCACACGGUUUGUAUAUAUUGCUUCUUCCUUCUGGGUUCUAAUUUCUCUCGAAUAUCAUAUUUUUACUCCUUUUUUUAGAAAUUCACUCUGCAAAGUAGUAAAUGAGGGAAGUAUGAAUGUAAUCAGAUAAAGUAUAAUUGGAAUAUAAAUUGUUUCAGAUUUAUUAAUGCAUAAAUAAUUGAUUAUUUAGAGGUUAGUAAAGAAACAAUAAAUAAUUUACUUUGUUUUAUAUUAUAAACAUCACAAAAAUAUCAAUCUAUGCGUGUAGUCAGUCAUUUGCAAGGUAGUUAUACGAAUCUGUAAGAAAAAUUGUAAAGUAAGAUAUAUGUAUGAGAAGGAACUCAUUUAGAUUAUUAAAUUAAUGUAAGUACAAAAUAGAAGGAAAUAUAUUAGGUCGCAGUGAAGAUUUGUCACCGAGUUAAGAUAGUAGCGAAUCCUGUAAUUGUUUUCCGUAUGCAAGGCUGUAAAUAUUUUGUUGCUUAACUGUUCUCCCCCUUCCAAGACAAAUGUUUAUAUUCCCAUUUUCAAUAAAUAAGUCGACUAUUCUUAUAAAAUA